AUUUCACAACAAACGUGUCAAAGUUUCUUUCGGUGCUUUCUAAUAAUAUUUAGCUGUGUUAUCACUGUCAUCUGCUUGAUCGAUUUAUUGUGAUAUUUUAACGUUCCGUGAAGGUACACUAGUACAACUAUUUCGUUAUAAUGGAACGAGAAAUGUAAAAUGAAAGUACACUGCAUGUGUUAGUAUGCUGACAAAUGGACCCCUCUCCCGUGGUGUCUCGGUAACAAUCCAAGUAUGGCUAACGAUGAUCAGAUUGAAGAACUAGAGGCUCUUAGAGCCAUCUACGAUGCAGAUUUUACAGAGUUGACGUCAGAUCCACCCUGUUUUAUGAUAAAACUUACAGACUUGGUCGUACAACUUUCAGGUCAGGUGAACAUCAAGUUUACAUUACCAAACGAGUAUCCAGCAGUAGUUCCGAUGUACGACCUGCCCAUGAGAUCGAGGGUAUUGACGCCUAACCAGGUGGCUGGUAUACUGGAGGAACUCCGAGUUUGUGCAGAAGAAAACGUUGGCAUGCCUAUGAUAUACAGUCUGAUGGAUGCCGCCCAACGCUGGAUCAACGAAAACGUUACACAGGAUACCGACACUGCCCAGGAGGAAGAGGAGGUGGUGGAGGAGGUGACCUUACAUAAAGUUAAAUUGGAGGAACCCAAAGUAAGCGGUGGCAGAUGGGAAUAUGUCAUUGGACUGGUGGGGAAACCUUCAGCAGGGAAAUCCACGUUUUUCAAUGCAGCCACCACUGUAGAUUUAGCGAAGACUGGAGCACACCCCUUCACCACCAUAGAACCAAAUAUUGGCAAGGCGUUCUACUCCAUAGACUGUCCAUGUGAAGGAUUGGGCAAGUUGUGUGACGCAGCACAUGGUCAUAACUUCCGCGGGAAACGCCAUGUGCCCGUAUUGCUGAAAGAUGUCGCGGGGCUGGUUCCGGGAGCAUGGGAGGGCAAGGGGCGAGGAAACAAAUUCCUCAACGAUCUAUUGGACGCUGACGUGCUGAUCCACGUUAUUGACGCUUCGGGCACAACCAAUGAGAAAGGAGAGGAGAGUCAAGGUUACGAUCCAGCUAAUGAUAUACAUUGGCUUUACCAGGAAAUCCAUCAAUGGAUUUUCCAAAACGUUUGGAGUAGAUGGGAUUCAAUCGUCAAGCGUCCCUCAAAGCUGAUCGACAUGUUUACGGGUUACCAUGCCAACAGAGCUACUAUUCACGCGGCCUUACAUAACGCUGGAAUAGGAGAUAGGGAGCUUGGCGCUAUAGCUGGAUGGAAGGAAUCGACUCUGCACCAGAUUGUGGACCACUUCCUGGGACUUCGGUUCCCCAUGUUACUGGUCCUGAACAAGGCAGACAAAGCAGAGUCCACUGCAAUUAUCCAUAGACUUCAGACAGACAUGACCGACUUGAACUUUAUAGCAGUUAGUGCACGGACGGAAUGUAUGCUCCAAAAACUAUCCAGAGAGGGUAUUGUGCAAUAUGACUACGGAAGUGAUGAGUUCCAGCUGGAUACUCCUGACACACACCGGACUAUGGCAGAAUUACAACGAAUAACCUCCGACAUCUUCCAUAGGUAUGGGUCAACCAAUGUUCACGAGGCUCUGUGUGAAGCGGUCAGACUGCGGCCGCCGACGUACGCCUUCCCUGUCCACUGCUUGGACACGUUACGCUCCGUUGGUCGGACCCCCCGCGAGGCGGUAUUACGCGACUGUGUAUCUCUCCGGCCUGGAACUCGAGUGGAGGAACUACAUACAGUCCUGUGUCAUUAUCCGGUGAACCUGUUGUCUGGAGACUUUGUUAGGGCAGAGACGAUGACAGAAGACAGAAAACUGAAGCCACUGCGGAAGGACGACGUGAUCACGACAUCAAACAACAUACUAAAGAUAAUGACAAAUAAACGCACUUCCUAAUCCACAGCUUUAUUAUAAUCAUUAAUCUUAAUUGAUUUUGCUUAUUAAAAUAAACAUCGAAUAAACUAAUUUUCCUUUAUACAGUUAAACAUGGUAUACACUGAAUGAACAGUAUUUAAGAUAGUUUUCGUUGAAGAUGAAGAAAGCGACUCUUGUUUUUCGGUUACCAUAAAGAAGCGUGUAUAAUCGGGAGUUAUGCCAGAAAUGUGUGUAAACACUCCACA